AUGAUUGCCUUGAUGCCAUUGAACAUCAUUGCAAGCUUUCAAGUGACAGGUAUCCAUCUGUUCAACAAGGACAUCUUUCAUGAAACAGAUUUUAACCCUGCUACUCCAAGUGAUCGCGAGCAAGAUGCUGCUGCUGAAGAUGGCACUGAGGUGAAUCCAACUCCUGAAAAUUCAAGACCACCAGUUGCUGAGUCGUCAAGUGAUGUUGUCCAUCCACAACGACAGCAAACAGAUGGUGUUGAACCAUCCACCUCCGGUAAAGUUGUGUCUACGGCUCCAGAACCUAACGAGACAGAAGAAAACAUCGAUUCCAUGUGGGAUGUUGAUGCUGAAGUGAUAAUCAUUUGGGUCACCGGAGUGAUUGUAUUGAUCACUCUUUUGACAAUGCUGAUCUGUUUCUUGGCCACUCGCAGAAAACAAGACCGUGCAGAAGAUUCGCCAGUUCGAACCAGGUCUCGCAAUGAAGAGGCAGUGAACCCAGGAAGGGGCGGAAUAGGGAUCAGUUGUACCACUGGCGACAGCAUCGGCGGCGUUGGAGGCGAAAACCCAGCUUACACAAGCAACAGCGAUGAACUAAACGGCCUGUUUAAUAUAUACCAUCCUCGAAUGGUCAAUUCGUUGCCGCAUAUCCAUAGUCCAGUCUCGAACCAGGGUGGACAACAAUGGAACUCUUCGUCACAGACACAAGCUGCUAAUCUGCCAGAUGCUGACGGAGGCUUUCAGCAAAUAUCUCUUCCACCGAGCCACAUAACAGAAGCCAGUCCGAGUUAUUACCCCGGUCCGCCGCCACCAUCUCCGCCACCUCUUCUCUUGACCCGGAGCAAUGCAAACGUCUCAGCACGCGACUACAUGCGUAAUGAAGACUACGUGCUUGACCCUUACUUCCUAGCUUCGGCUCCCCCGCCUUAUACACGUUAUGCUGAAGACUACCACCCAACUAGCCCAGCAGAUGCAUCCUGCUCUUUGCCAGUUAGAAGUGAACGAUCAUACAGAGUGGCGUAUGAUUACUUCUGAACUGGAGCAACCACUGACACCAACCUUUCACUUAAACGACUGUCUUAAAUCACAAGUGCCUUCAUAUCUCUCAUUCAGCGGUUAAAACAUCGUGUUCAACUAAAUCCAUGCGAAAUCACAUACAAAGACAACUUGUCUGAAAAAUACUAGACAACGGACGACACUUCAUCGAGCUAUGGUACCCUCUCUAUUGAUGCAUUUUAAGUAGAAAUAACGAAUGAAAAAUCAGCGAUGAACUAUCUGUAACUUUUUUAACUUUUCUGUAUAUUUGUUUGCUUUUCUCCGAAAGAAUUUAUAACAAUUCCAUUUUAUUUUAUUAUCAUUUUCUACUGUUCUACCGUUUAAUUUAUCAUUUUAAUAAUUUUAAUGUCGUGCACCCGAUCAGCUGAGUCAAUAACUUAGCUUCGAUUCCUUAUCGAAAUUGAAAUUGACGUCUUUAUUGCAUCUGGGAAAUGUAUGCUGUUCCCUGUGCCAAUAUAACGAGGUAUUAUUUUCAGGACGGUGAAGACGGCGAGCUGGGUGAAUUGUUAGCAUGCCGGACGAAAUAUUGUCCGUCUUUACAUUCUGAGUUCAAAUUUCCAUGAUCGAUGAAAUAAUUACCAGUUGAGCACUGGGAGUCGAUGUAAUCGACUAACCCCUUUCCCUAAGUUUCAGGCCUCGUGCCCAGAGUAGAAAGGAUUAUUAUCAGGAGAGUGAGAGCUGUAGAAUUGUAGAAUCUUUAAUGCGCCGGACAAAGUUCCACGCGACAGUUCAACUCUCGCCGAGGUCAACUUUGCCUUUCACCCCUCCGGGUCCGAUAAUAUUGAGUACCUGCCGAGUAAUCGGGGUAAAUGUAAUCGGCUAAAACUCAAAAUUCUUGGUUUUCUACUUAAUUUAGAAACAAUUAUUUUGAGGAUGGCCUCAUCCAUAUUUCAGAGAUAAUGAGUAUUUAGAGCUUCCAGAAAAAGGCAUGAAAAGCACAUCUUCCCAUCCACUGUUUAUACUCAUUUAAGAUACAAAUUAGAAGGGAGCAUAAAAAUUGGUACAAACAGUAACGAACGAAAUUUUAAAUGAAUCUGAUACGAUAAAUGGGCAGUAAUUAAGUUAUAAAAUUUUUCCCUGUCAAAUUCACAUUGUACGGUACUUUCUCACAAUUUAACCACGUGACCACAAAAAAGUAGUCACUUGAUAUCUCUGUUUGCAUUAUAUAAAAUUUGCUUUUUUUUUUCUUUUUCCCUUCCAUUACUCUGAAACUCUUCUGAAAAAUCAUUUCAUUUGAUUUUAUUGCAUUGGGUUAUCAGAUAAAUUCUUUCCUUUUUUUUUUUUCCUUUUUUCAUAAUCCUUAUUUUUCAUCAACAAUUUCACCAAUCAGUCGAUAAUAUAUUCUUUUUCAUUGUCCAUGAUUUCUUGCCAAUGUUGCGCUAGAUUGUCAAUGCCAUUGACAGUUGAAAUCAUUGGGUCUUGACUCGAAGAAUUCAUCGAGCCACGUUUUCAACUCCACAUUGUUGUUGAACGAAACGCCUCGCAGACUGUUGGAGAGGGGUCGGAAAAGGAGAUAAUCUGAAGGAAAAUUCUGUGGGCGCGGUAGAACUUCUCAACCGAGCUCUUGAAUAGCAUUUUUGGUCAAAUUUGCGAUACAGAGACGAGCGUUGUCGUACUGAAGAAGCACGUCGUGUCGCAGGAUUGUCUCGCUGGGCCCUUACCUAUUGAGUGAAGGUGACAAGCGACAGUAUCAUGAGAACAUCCCAUCUGCUGGGUUAACUCCCUAGGGGACCUGCACGGAUCCUUGUGGAUGAGCUCGUUCAAUGGAACUUCGUUGAGCUGAGCAAGUUGGUCGGAACGCGGAGUGUUUGUAAGGUCGGAUUUCCUCUCCUGGAAGUGUGAUCACCAUCACUGUGCAAUUCAUUCAGUAAUAGUACCUUUUCCAUGGACAGCACAAAUGUCUCGAGGUGGUUUGGCAACUUUGGAACCUGGACUGAAAGCGAAGAGAAAAGCAGGUGUCGAAAAUGCUCUUUUUCUCUUCUACUUGAAACUGCAUCGUCAUAGGUC